GGUGCGUCAGUUCAUCUGUAUUCUCGCGAGAUCCAACGAGUUCUUCUCGUCCAGCAUGGCAGCGCUGUAUGAAGGAUACACGUUGUGUGGGCUUGUUCCAGAUCAAAAUCUGUCAAGUUCAGGCAUUCAAGGGAUCGAAGAGGAGAGAGAUCGCGAUCAUGUCGUGGUCACGGAUUCAACCAGAUCAGUGACUCUGUACAAGGUGUCAGACCAGAAGCCGCUGGGGAGCUGGACAGUGAAACAAGGACAAAAACUGACGUGCCCGGCAGUCUUCAACUCACAAACCAAUGAAUAUGUGGCAGUAACAGACAACAAGGUGAUAAGAAUUUGGAAGGAAGAUGACAUACUAUUGGACAAAGCCUUCAAAGCAACAGUUUCUUCAGAUGUCUGGAAGGUUCACUGUACACAUGGAGGGGAGCCUGUGGUCUUGUUUCAGAGAGGAGCUGUGAGACUGCUGGACUCUCUCCUUGCUGCUCCGCAGCAGCCCAUAGAGGAGGUGCUAGCUCAAGAAGAAGCCAUCAGGUGGAGCACCAUCAUAGUGGCAGAGACCCAGCAGUUUAUCAUCAUCACAACUGAACAGAAAGGAGAGCAUUUUCUCUACUUGCAGAGACUGAACCCUAACUCUGUACAGAGGUACCGGCUUGAGAGAGAAGAACCUGGUCUCUCCCCGCUGAGCUUCUCUGCCACUUACAGGGAUAAGCACAUCUGCCUCCUUUAUCUCUACCCUAAUGGUCACGUGUACCAGAGUGUGCUCUCCGUGCGGGGCCUCGGGACUGAAGAGGGGGUCCAGGCCUUACCCCUGCCCCGUAGCCUGCUGCUGGGUCUUCCUGUUGGUGAUGGCCAGCUGGAGGCAGCGUCGGCCAUGGCUCUGGAUGAAGCCCAUGUAGCUGUUGUUGGGGUUCCACAUCCCUCUGCUGGAGGUGGUAAAGACUUUCUUUGCAUCUGGAAUACCAACUUUCAGACGCUUCAGGCUGGAAAAGAGAUGGCUGGAAAGAUCUACGGACAGCUUUGGAGUUAUUCCAACAAGGUAUUUAUUCCACAUGGGAAAACUCUCUCCAUUAUACCCUUCGAGUGCCCCAAAUCUUCUCUUGCCUCUGCCCUGGGAAAAUUAAAACAUACAAAGAUUGAAGAGUCGAAGACUCCGAAUUCUGUGCCGUCUUGGAAUAACAUUCUUCACGGUGAAAAAGCUCAGCCCUCAAAAUCUGCAGAAACGAGGAGGACGAGAACGACCCGUAAGUCCCAGUCAACAACUAAUUUAACAACUGACCAAGUAUUAGAGCUCAUCAAGACAGCACCAGUGGAAGAGAUCCAGAAAGAGGUGGAGGGGUUCCUGACCAGGGCAGAGUUCCAGGACCUGCAGCCCUCAGUGGGACAGCUUGCAUUAACCCUCGUGUCCCGGAGUCUUGCCGAUCCAGCCUUUUACUCUUCUAGCACGCUGGCACAGCUGGUUCACACUCGGUGCCUUUGCCACAGUGUGUGUCCUGACCUUGUGCUUCUGGCCCUUGAGAAGAAGGAUUACUUCCUGUGUCAGCUCUGCUUGCAGUUCUUCCCUGACAUUCCUGAAGCUGUUACCUGUGCCUGCCUGAAGGCAUUCAUCAGUAUACCAGAUGUUGAUGCAGAGAAGAUGAGCCUGGAGCCUGACAGCGUCGAGUUUAUGGAAAACCUAAUCACGAGGGAUCGUGCAGAGGCUGGCUUGCAGAAUGGUUUUAGCCCCACUUCGUCAGUCGUCAAUGACCGUCAGACCAGAGCUGAAGACGUGAAGAAGGCCUCAGCUCCUUCACAACUCAGUUGUCCAGUGGGAUUACACAAGGCUGUUCUAAUAAAUGAGAUCUUGCAGACACCGUACAGUGACACCUUUCUCCUCCCACACCUAAAAGAUCUUUCCUCUCAACAUGUCAUGCUUUUCCUCCAGUACCUGCAAUUUCUAUACCUAAAAUAUUCCCAGGAUGCUUUCCCACAGAUGGAGGGAUUUAGAUCACCAAGUCUGAGUCAGAUCAUGGAUUGGGUGUGUUUGCUGUUGGAUGCUCAUUUUACGGUGCUAGUAAUGACUCCAGAAGCUAAAGGCUUGCUGCUGAACCUCCACAGCUUUGUUAAAUCUCAGGUGAGACUGGUUUCUGAGCUUGGAAAAAUUGAGGGAAGCCUUCAAGAACUCCGUAAAAUGAAGGCGAAGGAGAGCAUCGGACAGUACUCCAUUGAAAUCAUUGAGCUGUUUUAGAAUGUGUACAAAAUAAUUUUAAUCAAUUAUAACACCAUCUUCUUCCAAACUUUUAGAUAAAAUGAUUUCACGGUUAUUAUUCUUGAGUGCUUUUUUUUUUUUUGCCACAGACGUUUGCUAUCCAGAUGUGUAGGCCUUGAAAAAGUUGCGGCUCUCUUUUAACCAUGUUUUAAACUUGUUUAAGUCGUCAAAAUAUUUGACAAUUCGCUUAAUUUCUGGUUUUGUAAAAGUUUAAUGCAGAAGCCACCUCAUGCAACAGUAUGGUGUGAGAUUGUAAUGUUAAUAUUGGGGCUUUGCCUUUAGAACUGUGAGAGUUGAUGACUUAUUUUUGUAUGUGUCAUUACACAGCUGAAAACUGUUGUGAAAACCUUUUAUGUUUAAUAUUAAAAAAGAUGAUG